GGGACACUGGUGAGAUACUUCAGUUAUGGCGGCGAUGUAUUGGUUUUAAGUAUUAAAAGUUUUCCCUCAACUCUUGAAAAUCAACAUUGUUUUGCUUUUUAUUGUAACCUUAAUAUCAGAGUUGAUGGUAUUAAAUGUACCUUAAUAUUAAAAAAACAUGCAGAAUGUAGCUCACAAUUCAAAUUGUGAUAGGCCUAGUGAUAGUGAAACAAAUGAGAUUGGCCAAGACCAUUCUGGCUCCUCGUCACCUUUAAGUGGAAAUAUAAACGUAGAAAGGGGACCAAGCGUCGCAACAUUACAAGCUCAAUACAUGGCUGAAUUAUCAGAAAGUGAAGAAGAUGAUGUUUCCGACGUAAGUGCAGUUGACUCAUUUAUAUUGGAACAAGGAGUGGAUGAUGAAAAUGAUUUUGGGAACAACUUUUUAUUGCAGGACCCAACUGAUGGUCGGUUUGAUGCGGAAACUCAGUGUCGUUUGGAAGCAUUAUUAGAAGCAAGUGGGUCUAUUCUUCAAGAUGAGCAAUUGGAAUCUAUUUAUUCUGCUGGUACUUCCUAUGCCAGGCAUCCAUCAUAUUGUAGCUCUAAGUACAGUAGGACACCAAAAAUCCACAACCCUGAAAUCCACGAGUCCCUAGAACCCGGUUUUACACCUGAACGCAUACAGUCGGAUGUAGAGUAUUAUAUGCAAGAUCUUGAAUUCUCGGAUGAUAUGUAUGCAAAUAAAGAGGUAUUAAAAAGGCUGACUUCAUCUGUCAAUUGUGCGCUAGAUGAAGCUGCUGCUGCCCUAAGUCACAUGAGGCCAUGUACUCUGGCUGAAGCUUGUAGUCAUGGUGAUUUAAAUACAGUUAAAAAGCUUUUAGAUGAAGGCAGAAAUGUUAAUGAAGUAACAGAAGAUGGUGAAAGCUUAUUAUCUUUAGCCAGCUCAUCAGGAUACAAAGAGCUAGCGCAACUCCUGCUCGCAAUGAAUGCAAAUGUUGAUGACCGGGGUAUGAAAGAUAUGACACCUCUCAUGGAAGCAGCUAAUGCAGGUCAUUUAGAUUUGGUUAAAUUGCUUAUUCAACAUGGUGCUGAUGUAAAUGCUCAGACAUCUCAAGAGAAAAAAAUGAAAGGUGCAAAGGCUAAAAAUCAAGACCUAAGUAUGAAAGCUCAGCAAGAGAUGCACGGCACAUUGCCAUCUAUAGUGUGCCCUGAAGGCAACACCCCUCUAAUGUUUGCUUGUGCUGCUGGGCAUGAAGAUAUUGUGAAAGUGUUACUUGAUGCUGGAUCGCACAUUGAAGAUCACAAUGAGAAUGGGCACACACCACUCAUGGAAGCAGCUAGUGCGGGUCACGUUGGAGUAGCUAAACUUCUAGUAGAAAGAGGUGCCAGCAUCAAUACCCAUUCAAACGAAUUUAAAGAAAGUGCUCUUACUUUGGCCUGCUACAAAGGUCAUCUGGAGAUGGUUCGGUUUCUAUUAGAAGCUGGUGCCGAUCGUGAACACAAGACAGAUGAAAUGCAUACAGCUCUCAUGGAAGCUUCCAUGGAUGGUCAUGUGGAAGUUGCUAGAUUACUGCUCGAUUCUGGUGCACAAGUCAACAUGCCCGCUGAUAGUUUUGAAUCUCCUUUGACUCUUGCUGCAUGUGGAGGACAUGUUGAACUAGCAAUGCUUUUACUAGACCGUGGAGCAAAUAUUGAAGAAGUUAAUGAUGAAGGAUACACACCUUUAAUGGAAGCUGCACGUGAGGGUCAUGAAGAAAUGGUGGCUCUAUUACUCAGUCAAGGAGCUGAUAUAAAUGCUCAAACUGAAGAAACUCAAGAAACUGCUUUAACAUUAGCUUGUUGUGGUGGCUUUUUAGAAGUUUCAGAUUUCCUUAUUAAAGCAGGUGCUGAUAUUGAGUUGGGUGCAAGCACUCCUUUGAUGGAAGCUGCUCAAGAAGGUCACCUGGAACUUGUGAGAUACCUCAUUGGCUCUGGUGCCAAUGUAAAUGCCACUACAGCUACCGGUGAUACUGCAUUGACAUAUGCAUGUGAAAACGGUCAUACGGAUGUUGCUGAUCUACUUUUGCAAGCAAAUGCGAAACUGGAACAUGAGUCUGAGGGUGGAAGGACUCCGUUGAUGAAAGCAUCCCGAGCAGGUCAUUUAUGUACAGUGCAGUUUUUAAUAUCCAAAGGUGCCAAUGUCAAUAAGCAGACUACAAAUAACGACCAUAAUCCUUUAUCCCUUGCAUGUGCUGGUGGUCACCUUCCUAUUGUUGAACUCCUACUGGCUCAUGGAGCAGAUCCAACACAUAAGUUAAAGGACAAUUCAACAAUGAUAAUUGAGGCUUCCAAGGGUGGGCAUACUGCAGUUGUCCAGCUGUUAUUAGACUACCCAAACAGUUUGCUUGCGUCACCUCCACCUCCCCCUGAGCUUUCACAAGUCUCAAAUCAUUCUGUAGAGUCAAAUGAAGCUCCUCGAGUUCCUCCUCAUGGUCUUCAAGUUUUCCCCCCUCAAGAAGCUGAGCAGCAAAAUACUGUGCCUAAUAGCUCAUGUUUGGGAAAUACUCAAUCUGGAGUUCCUCGUAUUCAAGACCUUCUACGUGAGUCUUUACCAAAUGGAACUUCUAGCUUGCCAAAGCCAAAAUCUGUUCAACGAAAGAAUGCACAGGUUAAAAAUAAUGAGGCCCCCUCCUCCUCAUUUUGUGAAAAUACCAAUAGAUACCAUUUCCGUAACAAGAAUAAUGCUGCUGCACAAGUGAACUCUAUGUCUAUUCAAACAGAAAACAUAAAUGGUAAAUGUGGUUUGGAUAAUGAUUUAUCAAAUUUCAUGGGAGGAGGAGGGGGAAUUAUCGAUCUUGAUCAAAAUAAUAUGAAACCUAGUGAACGUCUAGAAGCUUGCAUUAAUACUAUGAUGAAAAAAGCAGAAAUGAUGAAUCCUAGUCCUGAAGAACAAAUUUUUCAAAAACAACAGAUAUUAGAAGAGCUGCAGCGAGUUGAAAGAGAACUUCAAGAAAAAGCUCAGGCACAACUAUUAUUGAAUGCCCAACAUCAGCAUCACCACCAAAAUUUACAGGGGUUGGGCACUAUUGUCACAGGGACUCCAACUAUUACUACAUUGAGCAAUAAUAUUCCAAAUACAUUUACUAAUGGUUCUGGUGCUCACACACAACAAUUGCUGAUCAAUAAUGGCACUUUAUUAGAUAUCAAAUCUCUUUCUGCAAUUACUGAUAUUUCUUCCAUGUCUAAUCAACUUGGUUUAAAUCUUAGGUCAACUUCUGGUAAUAAUAUUACUUUUCCUUUAGCUGUACAUGCUCAGCAGUUAUAUCAUCAACAACAACAACAGCAGCAGCAGCAGCAUCACCAGCACCACCAUCAUCAGCAGCAGCAUCAGUUACAACAGCAACAGCACCAGCAACCACAACAAAUGCCCCCAGUCCAGCCGCAGCAAAAACCUCUGCAACCUCUACAACAGCCAACAAUAACUUCUACAUCCAUAGGACCAGAUUAUUAUAAAGCCCGUGCCACUGCAAAACCUGCAAAACAACCAAAAACAAAUGUAAUAAAGCAAGUACAUCAACAGCCAUUUCAAACACAACCAAAUCAGCUACCAAAUGAAGUAAAGGUUGAAAACCUAAAUAGAAUGGAAGAUAUGGAGAAAGUUAAUUUCAGGAACAUUGUGUUUAAUGAACAGCAACAAAUGCAACUGCAGCAGCAAAUGUUACAACAGCAUACUCAACAACAAUUUGUCCUGUCAGAAUUUACACAAAAUCUUACUCUCAGGGGUGCAGGUACUGAAUACUGUGACAACGCUAUUGCUGGAAUUAUGCAUGCAAUGGGUGGCUUAAAGCUCUCAACUGAUAAUACACAAACACACGCCAUUCCUAUGUAUGACCCUGUAAGUGUUGGACAAGCUCUUCUGCAGCAGCAGUUGCAGCAGCAGCAUUUAGUUCAGCAUCAGCAGUUAACUCAAGUCUUGGAACAAGAAACAAAAAGGGUACAACAACAACAGAAACAGCAAACGCAGCAACAACAGCAGCAUAUCCAGUUUCAUCAGCAGCUCAUGAAACAUUAUGAAAAGUAUAAUAAGCCUUUAAAGGGAAAACCCACUAAUAUUCCAGGACAGACUGUACUUCAAACAGGACAAACAACCUUAACUUCUUUUCAGAAUCCAACACCAGAAUUACUUAAACAGCAAUUUGCUGCUUGUGGAGAAACAUGUACGCUUGUUGGAAACAUUCCACUUGAUGGAACUGGAGUUUUGACUUUAACUAGUCCACCAUUUCCUGUAUCAAUAGCUGUUUCACCCGUUUCUUUACCAUCACCAGUAUCUGUAUCAUCCAGCUGUGGAGCAUCUUUUGCACAUAAUUUGCCUUUAGAUGAAGGGCUCAUGGUAGCAGCUCCUGCAAGAACACUUCACGAAACCCUGGGGGAUAUAAUGACUGGUCCUACUACUCAACUAGCUGGUAACCAAAUGAAUUUGGUUCAACAAGGAUCACACUGUAGUGAAUCUUGCUUAAAUUUGGCAGCCGGUGGGAAGAACAGAAGCUUAUCUAUGUCAGCUUUAACUGGAGUUAGUGCAUCAACAUCGUUACCUUUAACGUACCACACGCUAGCACCUUCUGUUGCACCUUGUGUUCCAAUCCAAGUUUCAGCUAGCAAUGAAUGCAUUUCUCACCAUCUUCCCCACUUGAACCAUGUAACUACUGCUCCUUCUACUCCUGCUCCUCCACUAUAUCCUCCACUUGAUUUAAAUUCUCAGACGGACAGUAAUCAUGAUACAGCUCUCACUUUGGCUUGUGCUGGGGGGCAUGAAGAACUUGUCAGCCUGCUGUUGUCUCGAGGUGCAGACAUAGAACAUCGAGAUAAGAAGGGCUUCACACCGUUGAUGUUGGCAGCUACUGCUGGACACGCAGGAGUUGUGGACAUUCUUCUGAACCAUGGUACUGAAAUUGAAGCACAGUCGGAAAGGACCAAGGACACUGCAUUGUCGUUAGCGUGUUCAGGUGGACGUUACGAAGUGGUUGACAUUCUCCUCGCUCGUGGAGCAAAUAAAGAACACCGAAAUGUCUCAGAUUAUACGCCUUUGAGUCUUGCUGCAUCAGGUGGUUAUGUAAAUAUCAUCAAACUUCUUUUGAGUCAUGGUGCUGAAAUCAAUUCAAGAACUGGAAGCAAACUAGGUAUCUCACCUCUUAUGCUUGCAUCUAUGAAUGGCCACGUACAAGCUGUAAAACUAUUGCUAGAUAUGGGUAGUGAUAUAAAUGCUCAAAUCGAAACAAACCGGAAUACUGCUCUUACCUUGGCAUGCUUUCAAGGACGCCAUGAAGUGGUUUCCUUGUUACUAGAUCGUAAAGCAAAUGUUGAACAUCGUGCAAAGACUGGGCUAACACCUUUAAUGGAAGCUGCAUCUGGUGGCUAUGUGGAGGUGGGAAAAGUGCUAAUUGAUAAAGGAGCUGAUGUUAAUGCUCCUCCUGUGCCUUCUUCUCGCGAUACUGCUUUGACUAUUGCUUGUGACAAAGGACAUUAUCGUUUUGUGCAGUUACUAUUAGAAAGAGAUGCCAUAAUUGAUGUUAAAAACAAGAAAGGAGAUUCUACCGUAUGGCUUGCUGCUAAUAGUGGACAUUUAGAAGUUAUCCAGUUAUUAGUUGCCAAUAAUGCAGAUAUUGAUAGCCAAGAUAACCGAAAAGUAUCUUGUCUUAUGGCUGCGUUUAGAAAAGGGCAUAUAAAAGUUGUUAAAUGGAUGGUGAAACAUGUCGCUCAAUUUCCGUCUGAUCAGGAAAUGGCCCGGUUUAUGAGUACUGUUACAGAUAAAGAGCUGCUCAAAAAAUGCAGUACUUGCGUUGAUAUCAUUAGAGUUGCUAAAGAAAAACAUGCUGCGGAAGCAAAUAAAAAUGCAAAUAUACUGUUAGAAGAAUUAGACCUGGAAAGAAGUAGAGAAGAAAGUCGAAAAGCUGCAGCUGCUAGACGGCGAGAACGAAAGAGAAGAAAAAAACGGGAGAAACAAGAACAGGAAAAAAGAAAUCAAUCUCACUUGAAGCAACCUUAUAAGAAAAAUGUUGAACAUCUGCUCCAAGGAAUCACUUCUUUCAACACCACACCUUUGUUAAGGGCUGCUAAAUCUGCUGCUGAAGAAUCAAAAAAGUCUGAAAAAAGUGAAAACCUAUUGAAACAGUCAUUGGGUGUUCAAAGUGACCAGUCAGAUGUCGAAGAUGAAGAUGAUGAAGAGGAAGAUGAGGAGGAGGAGGAGGAAGAAGAAAAAGAUGAAGAUCCUGUGGAAACUAUUGAACCAAUUCUAAGGUUACCUGCUACAAGUAGUAGUCCAUUAAAAACAAAGCCUCCUACUGCAAGUACUUUCCCUUCAAGUACAGAAAUAAAAUGUAAAGAUGUCAAUCAAGAACCUGAUGCAAAUACUUCUACAAAUCAGAAAGGCAGUAAUGAACCUUCUAGGUCGGAGAAAAGAAGAGAGAGAGAUAAAACAAAGACUCAGGAAAAAAUUAAAAGAAGUUUAAUGAACAAGAUACAAGUUUCUGAAAAUAGAAAUGUUGUAAAUGAAGUUGUAGUUGCUGAGAAACAUACCCCUAAAAGCUCCGAAUCAUCAAUUGUGAUAACUUCCUCAAUUCCAUGUAAUAGAAAUAGUAAAAAACGAAAUCAAAAACAUGAAAGUAGUCCCACAAACUGCACAAGUGUCAAUUCCCUGCCAGUUUCAAAAAAUAUUGCUAUUAGCUGUCCUGCUGCGACUCAGCUGACGACCGCUGAUGUGAAAUGUCAGAACCUUGUUCAUAAGAAUUACAAGCAAAAAGAAAUUCUCAUUAAUGGCAUUAGUGGAAAUGCUGUAUCUGAUUAUGAAGAUAUUUGUGCCCUUAUUGCUCAGAAUUCAACUAUAAGAGGAAAAAGCAAAAGCUCUGAAAAACUUGGCUUGGAUUCGCUGGGAGAGCUUGCUCUCGAUCUUCCAACUGAAGUUGCUCUUACAGCAGGUCUCAGAAGUCCUUCUACUUCUUGUUUACCUCAUUCUCUGAAAAGUCCUUUGACUAACAGUGCUUCACCUAAGAAGUGGCAGAAAAGAGAUGAAGGCUGGAAAGAGGUUGUUAGGAGGUAAGUUUUGAAGCAAAAUUUCAAGAAAUGUAUAACCAUCGAUUUUGAAUUCAGUAUGUUGGGACCCCAAUUUGGGAAGAGCAGAAAACCCAGAACUUUAUUUCCUCCAGAUUAAAAAAAAAAAAAUCAAUAUUCUUUUGACAUUUUAAAUAUACAAAAUUGUUAUCAUUUGUUUA